UCCCGCCGAAAGCCCCGCCCCCUCGCUGUGGCUGCCCGGCUCAGGGAGAAGAUGGCGGCGGCGGUGGUGCGGGGCCUGGGGAGCUUGGGACGCGGCGUGCGGGAGCUCCGCAUCCACCUCUGCCAGACCUCUGCCAGCAGCCGCGGUGUCAGGGAGUUCAUCGAGCAGCACUACGUGAGCCUGAAGAAAGCCAACCCCGAGUUCCCCAUCCUCAUCCGAGAGUGCUCAGGGGUGAAGCCCAAGCUCUGGGCUCGUUACGAAUUUGGCAAGGAGAAGAGCAUAGCCCUGGACAACCUGGGUGUGGAUGAAGUGGCCAAGGCCUUGGAGAAGAUUGUGAAAGGCAAAGUGUGAAGAGAGACAGUAAAUAACAGCCGUGCUGCAGCCUGGGCUGAUGGAUAUUUAAUGUAAAAUGUAAAUCCUUUAACUUGUCACUUGUAUAAACAGCAGAUGAUGA